AUGGCCAAAAUCCACCGCAAUCCGCCUUUCCGAGCCGAGCAUUUGGGCUCCUUACUCAGACCCAAGGAAUUUCUCCAAAAGAGGGCUGCUUUCGAGAGCAAGCAAUUGAGUCAAGAGGAACUCACACUAGCCGAAAAUGAAGCCAUCACCAAGGUCGUCAAAGUUCAAACCGACGCUGGAUUCCAUGGUGUAACUGACGGAGAAUAUCGCCGCGCUGUCUUUUGGGGCACCUUCUUCGAGGAGUUGGAAGGCAUGACAGAAAUCAGAAACCCAUCCAUGGAUAUUUUCCGCCCUUAUGUUCCUGAUAUUGCUGGUUUCAUUGAGAAAGGUCACAAGCCGGGCCAAUCAUGUGUGUGCACAGGAAAAAUCCGCCAUAAGGGGAAGAGCACUUUGGUCGAUCAAUUCGAAUACAUGAAGACACUGAUUCCAGAAGAGCGCUGGGGUGAGAUUAAAUUGACCAUGAUUGCACCUCCCUGGUACCAUCUCCGUUAUAAGGACGGGCAAGCAUACCCAAAAGACGUCUAUGCCAACGACGAUGAAUAUUUCUGGGAUAUUGCCCAAGCAGUCAGGGCUGAGUUAGAUAUCCUCUACGCCGCUGGAGUACGAAAUGUCCAAUUUGAUGACCCGAACUUUGCUUACUUCUGUUCCGAGAAAAUGAUCCAAGGGUGGGCAGAGGACAAGUCGAAUACAAAGACUCCAGAUGAAUUAUUAGAUUCAUACAUCAAGUGCUAUAACGACAGCAUCGCGAACCAUACUGAUAAGAUCCACUUUGGCCUUCACAUCUGCAGAGGAAACUUCAUGGGCUCUCGCCAUUUCUCAGAGGGAGGGUAUGAUCGUAUCGCCACCAAACUCUUCCAAGACCUGAAUGUAGCAACUUACUACCUUGAGUACGAUACUCCCAGGGCCGGCGGAUUCGAGCCUCUGCUUCAUCUCCCAGCACACAAGAAUGUCAUCCUGGGUGUAAUUACAUCCAAAUUCCCCGAGCUUGAGGACAAGGAGAAAAUGAAGGAACGACUGAUCGCAGCUGCCGACGUUAUUGCCAAAGGAGCUGGGCAAACUAGAGAGCAAGCUCUAGAGAGAAUGGGAGUUAGCCCACAGUGCGGCUUCGCUAGUCAUGAGGAGGGCAACUUACUUGGCUGGGAGGAUAUGAAGAACAAACUUGCUCUAGUGAGAAGUAUUGCGAAUGAUGUUUGGCCAGGUCAGUCAUAG